CAGAAAGAGAAGAAGUGCCUCUGAGGAAAAUAGAUCAUUAUAUACAACCAGAAUGUCCUUGUUGCAGCAUCACCAAACGCUACACCAUGGCGAUUCUCGUCAUGAUAGGUUUUUUGAUAUCCUUCGGAAUUCGAAGCAACAUCGGGAUCGCAAUCGUUCGGAUGACCAAAGGCAAAGAUGGAAAGAAAGGAGAAAUAGAUUGGGACAGAGAUACGAUAGGAAACGUGGAAAGUGCUUUUUUCUACGGCUACAUGGUCACUCAGAUUCCAGGUGGUUUGAUAGCUUCGAAGUACCCAGCAAGCAAAUUGUUUGGCGCGGCGAUUGCCCUUUCUGCCAUUUUGAAUGCCUUUUUUCCAAUCACAUCUAAGGCGAACUCACAGAUCACCAUCUUUGUCCGAAUUUUGCAAGGACUAGCUGAA